AUGGCCUUGGAUUUAGAGUCCAGCAUAAACAGAAAAAAGAACAAAAUGAUGAGUGAAACAUUGCUUGUUAAGGGCAAGAAAGUAGAAGUCACCAGUGAUGAAGAAGGGUUUAAGGGAGCAUGGUACGUUGCAAAAAUAGUAAAAACUUCUUCGAAAACACAGAAAGGCAAGAUCUUGGUUGAAUACGAGUCAUUACUUGCUGAUGAUGAAAAGAGUCCGUUGAAAGAGUUUAUUGAUGCUUCCUUGAUUAGGCCUUUGCCACCAGAGGCCAAAAAGUUAAAACCUUUUGAAGUUUUUGAUGUUGUUGACGCUUUUUCCAAUGAUGGCUGGUGGAAAGGUGUUAUCUCUGAAGUUCAUGAUUUCGGAGGGGCGGACAAGAAGAAGACCAUGGGAUACUCUGUUGUUUUUGACAACCCACCUGAAAAAAUUGAGAUUGGAUCUUCAAGUUUGAGGUUUCAUUUAGAUUGGUCUGGUGGUACAUGGGUUAAACCCAAAAAACAAAUGAGAAUGGAAGGGUUGAAGUUUAGCAAAGGAAUGGUUGUAGUAGUGAAUAUUGAUGAAGGAAGUUCAAGUAAUGAUUGGUUCGAAGCAGUUAUUCUUGAAGAGGUAGGCUUCGAUUCUUUCCUGGUGAAGCUGAAUAAUUCUGAAGAUGAGAGUGGCCUUACGAAACUAACAGUAGAUUCCUUCCACAUCCGACCUCCUCUUCCUAACUUGGAGUCAGAAAAUUUUAAACUCUUGGACCAAGUAUAUGUUUUAUACCGCUCAGGUUGGAGGCUUGGCUUCAUCAACAAAAUUCUUAUUGAGGGAAGGUUUAGUGUCAUGCUGAAGCAUUUAGGGGUGGAAAGGGAAUUCUGUCACUCAGAAAUGAGGCCAAGCAUGGAUUUCAUAAAUGACAGCUGGGUUCUUCAUCGCAAGGACUCAAUGAAUGGUACAUAUAGUCAAGAACAGCCAUCAGGUGCCAACAACAGUGCCAAUAGUCUUCAGAUAGCUGUUAAGCUUGAAAGUUCAAGUGCUGCCAAGGAUGACAAUAAUGAGAAUACUCGCAUAAAUUCGGUGAAGAAUCCAAUGCAGGACUCGUUCUCUGAUGCUGCAACUUACUCUUGUAAAAGAAGAGCUGUGACUGCUUGUAUGAGAGUAAAGCAGGCUUCACCUAACAGUGAGCCUACUCUCUUACCCCGUUUCAAGAAGUCUAGAGUGGACAAAUAUGCCCAGUGUUUAUCUUCCCUGCAAUGUAGUGCAAAGUUAAUACUGGUUGAGACACCCAAACAAGGAGCUGAAGUCUCCAGUACCUCAAAAACAGAACAUUCGAUGCAUCAUGUGGCUUACAAUCAGCCUAUCGCUGAUUCUAAGAUCUCUUUCAGGCUAAAGAAUGAUGAUACCAACCAACAAGAAAACAUAGUUAAAGGUGAAAUGAUGAUUUCUACUGACGAGGAGGGAGCGUCACCACAGUCCCAAGCUAAAAGCCAGCUGGUUCAAUCAGCAGAUGUACUAGUUCCGGAGACUAAUCAACAAGAAACUGCAUUAGAGGAUGAAACAAUGAUUUCUGUGGAGGAGGAGCAGAUACCACCUUGUUCACAAGUUGAUGGCCAGCUGGUUCGAAUAGCUGGUGUGAAAAUGCAGGAGACCCAUCAACAUGGAACUGCCAUUGAGGAUGAGACCAUGAUUUUUUCAGAAGAUGGGGGAAAGCAACCACAUUUACAAGCUACAAGUCAGCUGGAUCUAACUGCAGAGCAUAAUGUUGCUGGAGAUGGUGCAAUUAACAUGGACUUUGGAAAUCCUGCAACUAUAGUGGUCAAAUUGCCUACGUCACAUGUAGAGCCUGUUGGUUUGUCGGUUUGUCAGCCUGAGACUGUGGAGCAAGGGAAUAAUGACAUGAGAGAUCUGCAAGUAGAAAUAAUCACUCAAUAUCCUCAAAUGGAUGCCUCAAUCGAUAGUGAGCUAGAGGAGCAUCAACUGUUGCCAUUUGUGAAGAAGUCACCUGUGUGGGACAUGGUUGAAUCACUGGAAGUUUUCCAAAGAAUGCCCCAGAAACCUCAUUUCAAUCCUUUGGUCAAAUGCAAAGAGUUUGAACGUGAAGGAUCUGCAAUUGGAAAGAUGGUGCAAUUUGCCACAAUGGUUGAGAGGACUUCUGAGUUGCAACUGGGUGACCCUUGUACUGUCUUCGCUAGCUAUUUGGAAACUCUUGCUGAUCUGAAAAGCUAUGGAUUUGAUGUCGAGGCGGCAGUUUAUCGUAUUAAUCGUAUGUUGUCAAUCAAAGAAAGCCAAGUACAGCUUCAGCGUACAUCAAAAGAAUUUGAGACGCAGAUUGCAGAGAUUACUUGUGAAAGGACCAAGUUGGAAGAGGAUGUCGAGGCAAUCGACAAGAAGAUACGUGAACUAAAAGAGGAACGAGGAUUGGCAUUGUCAAAGAAGGAGCGGAUAGAUUCUGAGAUUACCAACUUGCAAAUGCAAUCCAGUGGUAUCAGUGCAGACAUUUCAAAGGCUAUCAUUGAUUUUGAAACUAUAGCUACUGCCUCUUGGUGA